AUGGUUAAAAAAAUUGGAAGUGAUAAAAAAAGCACAGUUUGUGAGCAUUGUGGCUAUACAUGCUCAACUCUGCAAAAACUUCAACAACAUCUAAAUAGAAAGAAUCCAUGCCCUCUUAGAAACUUACAACUGGAUCAAGAGCAAAACCUAUUUCUUGAAAUAAAUUCAAAUGACAAGCAUUCAGCAAUAGUUGAUAAUAAUGCUAGAAAACCUAAUGAAACAGUCAAACAAUGGAAUUAUGACCAGCCAAAAACUUUAGCCAAAUGUAAACAUCUUUAUAAUGAUUUAAUGCAAAUUGAUCCAAAUGCAUUUAGUGGUACUCCAGAAGAACAAAAUGCUAAAUCUUUAGAUAAACAGUCUGAAAUAGAGGAGCUAGCAAGGCUAAAUUUACUAAAUGAUGAAUUUCAACAUCUAAGUAAUAUUACAGAAGAAAAUGGAGAGAAUAUAAUAUUUAUAGAGCAAAAUUUAGGCCCCACAUUAAAAAGACAAGCUGUAGCAGUACAUAAUGCAAAAGUCCCCAGAUUUAAUCCAAAUAAUGGAAGUGAUAUAAGAAAAAUGCUAGAGUCAAAGAAAGCCAUUUUGGGAUUUACUUGA